GUGUGUCGUCAUACGCGCUUUUUCAGAUUGUUGAAUUCGUAUAGAAAAACUGGGCCUUAACAUCGUACAAAAGAGAAAAAAGAGUUUUAGAAGAUAUAAUCAUUGUAUUACGUCUUUUUUGUUGUCGCGAGGGUACUUACUCGUUUUAUGAUUUAUUUUCAUAUUUUAUUUGCUUAUAAUAUAAAAUGGAAAAAUGAUCAUAGACGAAGUUAGGACAGUAACCGCAUUAAUAAGCGGGAUAAAACCAGUAAUAGCAUUUCAUGAAUUGUUGAAUAUUCAACAGAGCCAAACUUUUUAUUGAAGCAGUUACGGUGAAGAGAAUACGAAAGAAUAUAUUAAUUGAAAAGGAGCAAUAAAGGAAUUGUUAGAAGUUUUUAUAGUGUUUAUUUAAAGAAAGAGAAUACUUGAUAAAAUGCCAGGCCUUAUCGCUGUUAGUGAUUUUAUUGAAGAAACCAGAGGCGAUUACAAUUCUCCUACUACAUCCACAUUUGUUUCUAGGAUGCCACAGUGUAGACAAACCAUUGCAGCAUUGGAAGAGACUCUUGAUUUUGAUCGAGAUGGACUUACUAAACUUAAAAAAGCAAUCAAGGCAAUCUAUAAUUCAGGAAAUGCUCAUGUUGAUAAUGAAAUGUACUUAGGAAGAGCAUUGGAAAGAUUAGGAGAUGCUGCUCUUAAGGAACAAGAACCAGAUAUUGGUGCAGCUUUUCUUAAAUUUGCUGUUGUUACCAAAGAAUUAAGUGCAUUAAUGAAAACAUUGAUGCAAAAUAUUAGUAAUAUUGUAAUGUUUCCAUUGGACUCAGUCUUGAAAGGUGACUUGAAAGGUGUUAAAGGCGAUCUUAAGAGACCUUUUGACAAAGCUUGGAAAGAUUAUGAAGCUAAAUAUGCAAAAAUUGAAAAAGAGAAGAAACAACAUGCAAAAGAGGCUGGUCUAAUUCGAACCGAAAUUACUGCUGCAGAAGUUGCUGAUGAAAUGGAGAAAGAAAGACGACUAUUUCAAUUACAAAUGUGUGAAUAUUUAAUCAAAGUUAAUGAAAUUAAAACUAAAAAAGGCAUAGAACUGCUUCAACAUUUGGUUGAAUAUUAUCAUGCACAAACAAACUAUUUUCAAGAUGGGUUGAAAACCAUAGAACAUUUCGGUUCUUAUGUAGUGGAUUUAAGUAUGAAACUUCAAAAAAUUAGACAAGCUCAGGAUGAAGAAAGAAGGCGUUUAAUGGAACUCCGAAGUCUAUUGAGAAGUUCUGGAUGUGAUAAAGAAUUAAAUACAAAUACAAGUACUGGAUAUUCAUUGCAUCAAUUGCAAGGUGAUAAACAACAUGGUGUUACACGUACUGGUCAUCUUUUGAAAAAAAGUGAAGGAAAAAUGAGACGAGUUUGGCAAAAACGUAAAUGUUCUGUACAAGCAGAAGGAUAUUUAGAUAUCUGUCAUGCUGAUGAAAAUAAACCGCCUACAAGGGUGAAUUUAUUAACGUGCCAAAUAAAACUGGUACCUGAUGAUAAAAGAAGUUUUGAUCUUAUAAGCUAUAAUAGGACCUAUCACUUUCAAGCUGAGGAUGAAGCGGAUCAACGAGCAUGGAUGUCUGUUCUAGUCAACUGCAAGGAGCGUGCUCUAUUGAGAGCUUUUGAUGCAAGUGGCAAACCAGAAGCAAAUCAUGGUAAUCCUAGUUUAGUCGAACUUCAACAAGCUAUAAUAAGGUGUGUCAUGAGGUUACCUGGUAAUGAUAAGUGCGGUGACUGUUCUUCUCAAAAUGAUGCAACUUGGCUGUCAACAAACUUUGGAAUAAUUGUGUGCAUUGAAUGCAGUGGUAUACACAGGGACUUAGGUGUACAUAUAUCUAGAAUACAAUCUUUAACGCUUGAUAAUAUAGGUACUUCACAAUUGUUGCUAGCGAGGUAUAUGACAAAUCAAGCUUUUAACGAAGUUAUGGAAACGAUGUUGCGUCAUAAUUUUAAGCCAUCUUCAACGUCUACAAUGGAAGAAAGGUACGAAUUUAUUAGGGCUAAAUAUGUAGAAAAAAAGUAUAUUACAAGAACUUGUGUUAAUGAACAAGAUCUGUUAUCAGAUCUUGAACAUGCUGUAAAUAAUCGAGAUUUACAUCACUUGUUACAAGUUUAUGCAGAAAAUGUAGAUUUAUCAGCUAGUUUACCCACAUCAGAUUUAUGUGAAACUGCUCUUCAUUUAGCAAUUUUAAGAGAAAUGGGAAAUAGUUUAUACAUUGUAGACUUCUUAAUUCAAAAUAUGCCAAUUGGCACUAUAGAUAAGACUACAACUGAAGGAGAUACAGCUUUGCACCUUUCUGCUAAGCAUGAUAAAGCAGAAUCUAUGAAGUUAUUAUUGAAAGCAGGUGCCGAUCCAACACUUCGUAACAAACAAGGAAAAACUCCGUUGGAUAUUGCUCAAGAAGUUGGACAUCAUACAUGUCAAGAAUUAUUAAAUCAUGGACUUCAACGGCAGAAAACAUUAUUCGAUAAUGUAAAUAUUGAUUGGAAUCUCUCACAUGAUGAAGCAUCAACAGAUUUUUCUGACGAUGAAACUAUCAUUGAAGAAAGAAAUGGUUGUUCAACACCAGAAAAAAAAUUACGUAGUAGGCCUCCUUCAUAUGCUGGUGCAACAGAAACAGGUGCAACAGAUUCACCAGUUACAUUGCGCAGUAGAAGUAGUACUUGUGAUAGUCUACAGAGUGGUUUAUCUCCAGGUUUCUGCACAACUAAAGAACAAAUGCCACCACCACCUCCACCUCAAAUAAAAAAGCCAGUAAUAGCAAUGACUCGAUUGUUUGUAGUCCCGACUCCAGUAGUGCCCGACAUCUCAAUAAAUUUCCAUGGUUCCUUGAAGAAACGCGUGGCACCACCACCACCCGCUGGCCUCGAUGCUAGCGGAACCAGUCUUACAAGCACCAUUCUCUCACCACAUUACGGAACUCUGCCCGCAGCUUCACAUAGCAGGACAACAAGUGAGCCCAUUUUGACUAGUCAUAAUACUAUUCAAACUCUACCACACGUAUUGCGAACUCUGAACACUACUCACAAAAGAUCUCCCAGCAGUGAUUCAUCAACGGGACAUGGUACUGAUGAAUUACGUAUCGAGAAAAUUAAUAUAAAUUCGUCAACACUGCAAAGGCCGCGAAAUCCACCUCCACCCGCGCCUCCCGCUAUCUGCGCAACAAUGACAAUUUCAAGAUUAGCAAAUGAUCAAAACAGUAGCGAUAGUCUAAGUACAACUUGUUCUGAAAGUGGACCAGGAAAUCCAUUGCCACCUCCUCGAAAGCCACCGGCGUCAACGAUAGGAUUUAGUAAUUUACGUCGCUGUAGGGCGCUAUAUGAUUGCGAAGCUGACAAUGAGGAUGAACUUUCAUUUCACGAGGGUGACAUCAUCGUAGUGACAAAUGAGCACACGGAUGAUGAAAAUUGGAUGGAAGGUUUCCUUGAGCGAACACCAGAACGAAGAGGCAUGAUUCCUAUUAGUUUCGUGCACAUGUUACAAGAGUAAAUUACUCUAUAAUUUCAAAAUAAAAACCCUGGAUUUCUUUCGUUAUACGUAGAUAAAUAUAAAUACAAAUACGAAUGUAACAAUAAAUGCAUAUGCACAUGUUUGUGCAUAAAUGAGCAUACUCAAAUCUAUUAUAUAUAUAUAUAUAUAAAUACAUAUAUAGAAACAUACGCGUAUACAAUAUACUCACCUACACAUACCUACACAUGCACGCAUGCAAACACAUAUAUUACGCAUUCACUAUUGUCUAUAAUGCUGCCAGUAUUACUAGUUUUGUCGAUUAGCAUUGCGGAGACUCGAUUAUUAAUGAAACGUAUAAAAAUAGCUAAAGAAAAUUUAAUAUUCAUAUCAUUAAAAAAAAAAUUAUUAGCACGUCUGUUUAAGGAAAGACAAACGUUGUAUUGUCUACAAGUGUAACUAUUAAUCAUUUUCUUCUUGAUAUUUCAUUCUUUACAAGUUGAGUAAGUAGUAAUUUUUUGUGAUUAGAGAAUACUUAUGAAUGAA